UGUUUACUUUCAGAGGUGGUGACACUAGUUAAAUGUCACAGAUUUGAGUUUGGGGAUCAGAACCUUGUUUAAAACAUUUCCAAAUUUGAAUUGUGAACGCUAUAAACUACAUGGCGAGCAGGGAGCCUCCACAAACUGCGAUCGUCAUUAACUUGCUGAUCGGCGACUUGGUUCAAGAUGCCGUAAACGAGCCGCUCAAGUUGUCUAGGCAGAAGGACACCUGCCAGCGGCUCUUCGACAUUUUGGGCUUCCAGGCCGACGACUCAUUCGAGAACAUGAACGGCAGUGAAGUCCUGGAUACACCAAGCGCUUGCACCCUGCAGAGUAGUCCUAAGCAGGGAUCGGUCGAUGUCAAUCGAAGAACGUGGCACAGUUGGCUAAACAAGGCAUUGGAGGAAGAAUGUUCAGAGGACGAAGAUGAAAUCUUUAGGAAGGAUACACCGCUUAAGAAGUUUGAUUCCACCUCGGUGCAAACGGAACAGCCUCGUUUCCACAUACGAAGCCGUGUGGAUCGCCACCGUCUGCCUCCACUCGCUCCCUGCGAGCUGACGCGCCAAACGAUCUUUAUUGACGCGGUAUCUGUGCCUUUUCCGAACGUGAUAAGCCGGCCACCACUAGCGGAUCGCGUCUGCUACAUGUUGACCGACUUUGCUUCAGCGCUAUAUUGUAGCCUCGCAAUCAUGUGUUGUUGCACACCGAAUAUCUUGAGAUGAAUAUACCAGCGGCUUAGUUAUUUGCUUUACCAAA